UAAUGAUCACGUGGUCAAGCCACUAUUUCCGGUGGCCAUGGUUUUUCGUUCCAAAAACGCAUUGUGAGGCGCAAAAUACAUUCUGUUCAGUGAUUUCAUAAUUUAAAUACGACAAAGCAGGUGUGAGAACAGGAAGCCAUCAUGGCUUUUCCAUAUACAGUGAUUGGUCCUGGUGGACAGCAAUUUAUCGUGGGUCAAAUUCCGCUGAUACAACAGACACUGGCACCACAGAUUGUAACCACAUCAGUUCAGGUGCAGGUAGCUGCCCCGCAGCCAAUGCCACCACCACCACAGCCGCAGCCGCAGCCAUUACCUCCACCACAAACUCAACCAAAGGUUCCAGACUACAUGUCUGAGGAAAAACUACAAGAAAAAGCUCGCAAAUGGCAACAACUUCAGUCCAAGCGUUAUGCAGAAAAACGGAAGUUUGGUUUUAUUGAUGCACAGAAAGAAGAUAUGCCACCAGAGCACAUACGAAAGAUAAUUAGAGAUCAUGGUGACAUGACUAAUCGAAAAUUUCGGCAUGAUAAGCGUGUCUACCUUGGUGCUCUGAAGUACAUGCCCCAUGCAGUGAUGAAGCUGCUGGAAAACAUGCCCAUGCCUUGGGAACAGAUUCGUGAUGUUAAGGUUCUCUACCAUAUCACUGGGGCCAUCACAUUUGUCAAUGAAAUUCCAUGGGUCAUUGAACCCAUCUACAUAUCACAGUGGGGAACAAUGUGGAUAAUGAUGCGUCGAGAGAAAAGAGAUCGUCGCCACUUCAAGCGUAUGCGUUUUCCACCUUUUGAUGAUGAAGAACCUCCCUUGGAUUAUGCUGACAACGUCAUGGAUGUGGAGCCAUUGGAGGCCAUUCAGAUGGAGCAUGACCCUGAAGAAAACAAGGCUGUAGUGGAGUGGUACUAUGACCACAAGCCACUCAUUGACACAAAGUUUGUCAACGGGCCAACAUAUCGCAAGUGGCAGUUGACCCUGCCUAUUAUGUCUAUCCUAUACCAUCUGGCCAAUCCACUGCUCACCGAUUUGGUGGAUGACAACUACUUUUACCUUUUUGACUUGAAGUCCUUCUUCACAGCCAAAGCUCUUAAUCUGGCCAUCCCAGGAGGCCCCAAAUUUGAACCUUUGGUUAAAGACAGGGAGCUGCAGGAUGAGGACUGGAACGAGUUCAAUGAUAUAAACAAGAUAAUCAUCAGGCAGCCAGUGCGGACAGAGUACCGCAUUGCUUUUCCCUACCUGUACAACAACAUGCCUUUCCAGGUCCACUUACCAUGGUACCAUACUCCCAAUGUUGUCUUCAUCAAGACAGAAGAUCCUGACUUGCCUGCUUUCUACUUUGAUCCUCUCAUUAACCCUAUCUCUCAUCGAACAGCAGUGAAGUCUUCAGAUCCCAUCAUUGAUGAUGAUGAGGACUUCGAGCUGCCUGAGUAUGUCCAACCAUUCUUAAGUGACACACCCCUGUACAGUGACAACACAGCCAAUGGCAUAGCAUUGCUCUGGGCUCCACGGCCCUUCAACCUUCGGUCUGGGCGGACCCGACGUGCCAUUGAUGUACCACUUGUAAAGACAUGGUAUCGUGAACACUGUCCGGCCAACAUGCCUGUGAAAGUGCGAGUGUCUUAUCAGAAGCUUCUCAAGUACUAUGUACUGAAUGCCCUGAAGCACAAACCUCCCAAAGCGCAAAAGAAAAGGUACUUGUUUCGAUCCUUCAAGGCUACAAAGUUCUUCCAAACAACACAGUUGGACUGGGUGGAGGUAGGUCUGCAGGUGUGCCGACAAGGUUACAACAUGCUCAACCUUCUCAUCCAUCGCAAGAACCUCAAUUAUCUUCAUCUGGACUACAAUUUCAAUCUCAAGCCUGUGAAGACAUUGACCACUAAAGAACGCAAAAAGUCCCGGUUUGGGAAUGCCUUUCACUUAUGCCGUGAAAUUCUGCGUUUAACAAAACUCAUUGUGGACAGCCACGUUCAGUACCGCCUUGGCAACAUUGAUGCCUUUCAGUUGGCAGACGGACUGCAGUACAUUUUUGCCCAUGUUGGGCAGUUGACUGGCAUGUACCGCUACAAGUACAAGCUAAUGAGGCAAAUCCGCAUGUGCAAAGACCUCAAGCACCUGAUCUAUUACCGCUUCAACACUGGUCCAGUUACCAAGGGGCCGGGGUGUGGAUUCUGGGCACCAGGAUGGCGUGUCUGGAUGUUCUUCAUGCGAGGCAUCACACCGCUCCUGGAACGCUGGCUUGGAAAUCUUCUGUCACGCCAGUUUGAGGGCCGUCAUUCAAAGGGCGUGGCCAAAACUGUUACAAAGCAGCGUGUUGAAAGUCAUUUUGAUUUGGAGCUGCGAGCUGCAGUCAUGCAUGACAUACUGGACAUGAUGCCGGAGGGUAUCAAGCAGAACAAGGCCAGGACUAUUCUGCAGCAUCUCUCAGAAGCCUGGAGGUGCUGGAAAGCCAACAUUCCCUGGAAGGUACCAGGUUUGCCCACUCCCAUUGAGAACAUGAUCCUGCGUUAUGUGAAGGCCAAAGCUGACUGGUGGACCAACACUGCUCACUACAACCGUGAGCGAAUCCGCAGAGGUGCUACGGUGGACAAAACAGUCUGCAAGAAAAACUUGGGGCGCCUGACACGUCUAUACCUGAAAGCUGAACAGGAGAGACAACACAACUACCUGAAGGAUGGUCCCUACAUUACAGCAGAAGAAGCUGUGGCCAUUUACACAACAAUGGUGCACUGGCUGGAAAGUCGGCGCUUCUCCCCUAUUCCCUUCCCACCGCUGUCUUACAAGCAUGACACCAAGCUGCUCAUUCUUGCUCUGGAGCGACUAAAAGAGGCUUACAGUGUGAAAAGCCGAUUGAACCAGUCUCAACGAGAAGAGCUGGGUCUGAUUGAACAGGCGUACGACAAUCCUCACGAGGCAUUGUCCAGGAUCAAGCGUCACCUUUUAACACAAAGAGCUUUUAAAGAGGUGGGCAUCGAGUUUAUGGACCUGUACAGUCACUUGAUCCCAGUCUAUGAUGUAGAGCCCUUGGAGAAGAUUACAGAUGCCUACCUGGAUCAGUACCUGUGGUAUGAGGCAGACAAGCGCCGUCUCUUCCCACCAUGGAUCAAACCAUCUGAUGCAGAACCUCCUCCACUACUUACCUACAAAUGGUGCCAGGGCAUCAACAACCUGCAGGAUGUCUGGGACACUUCUGAAGGAGAGUGCAAUGUCAUGAUGGAAUCCACUUUUGAAAAGAUGUACGAGAAGAUUGACUUGACGUUGUUAAACAGACUGUUGCGUCUGAUUGUGGACCACAACAUUGCUGACUACAUGACAGCUAAGAAUAACGUAGUCAUUAAUUACAAGGACAUGAACCAUACCAACUCCUAUGGUAUCAUCCGUGGUCUGCAGUUUGCAUCUUUUAUAGUGCAGUUCUAUGGUCUGGUUCUGGAUCUUUUGGUCCUUGGCUUGCAUCGUGCUAGUGAAAUGGCAGGUCCACCACAAAUGCCUAAUGAUUUCUUGACUUUCCAGGACACAGUCACUGAAAUAGCCCACCCCAUCAGAUUGUAUUCACGCUACAUCGACCGUAUUCACAUAUUCUUUAGGUUCAGUGCAGAGGAGGCGCGUGACCUGAUUCAGCGAUACCUUACAGAGCAUCCUGAUCCCAACAAUGAAAACAUUGUUGGCUACAACAACAAGAAGUGUUGGCCCCGUGACUCCCGCAUGCGUCUCAUGAAGCAUGACGUCAAUCUUGGUCGAGCUGUGUUCUGGGACAUAAAGAAUCGCCUGCCAAGAUCUGUCACCACCAUUCAGUGGGAGAACAGCUUUGUCUCAGUGUACAGUAAGGACAAUCCCAACCUCUUGUUCAACAUGUGUGGCUUUGAGUGCCGCAUACUGCCCAAGUGUCGUACUACACAUGAAGAGUUCACACACAAAGAUGGAGUCUGGAAUCUUCAGAAUGAGGUGACUAAAGAACGAACUGCACAGUGCUUCUUGCGAGUGGAUGAAGAAUCGAUGAAUCGUUUCCACAACCGUGUGCGCCAGAUCCUCAUGGCCUCAGGAUCAACAACCUUCACCAAGAUUGUCAAUAAGUGGAACACUGCUCUCAUUGGACUGAUGACUUACUUCCGAGAGGCUGUUGUGAACACCCAGGAAUUACUGGACCUCCUUGUCAAGUGUGAGAACAAGAUUCAGACACGUAUCAAAAUUGGUCUGAAUUCCAAAAUGCCAUCCAGAUUUCCUCCUGUGGUCUUCUACACUCCCAAGGAGCUUGGCGGACUGGGUAUGUUGUCCAUGGGCCAUGUGCUCAUCCCCCAGUCAGACUUGCGGUGGUCUAAGCAAACAGAUGUUGGUAUCACCCAUUUCCGCUCUGGUAUGAGUCAUGAUGAAGACCAGCUGAUCCCCAACUUGUACAGGUACGUGCUGCCAUGGGAAAGUGAGUUCAUCGAUUCUCAGAGAGUCUGGGCUGAGUAUGCUCUCAAGAGGCAAGAGGCAAAUGCACAGAAUAGACGCUUGACACUUGAAGAUCUCGAGGACAGUUGGGAUCGUGGAAUUCCUCGUAUCAACACCUUGUUCCAGAAAGAUCGGCAUACCUUGGCAUAUGACAAAGGCUGGCGUGUGCGAACAGAUUUCAAGCAGUACCAGGUCUUGAAGCAGAAUCCAUUCUGGUGGACACACCAGCGUCAUGACGGCAAACUGUGGAAUCUCAACAACUACCGUACAGACAUGAUCCAAGCUCUUGGAGGUGUUGAGGGCAUUCUGGAGCACACUCUGUUCAAGGGCACAUACUUUCCCACGUGGGAGGGUCUCUUUUGGGAGAAAGCCAGUGGUUUUGAGGAGUCCAUGAAGUACAAGAAGCUGACCAACGCACAGCGGUCAGGUCUGAACCAGAUUCCAAACCGUCGCUUUACCCUCUGGUGGUCACCCACCAUCAACAGAGCCAAUGUGUACGUUGGUUUCCAAGUGCAGCUGGACCUGACAGGCAUUUUCAUGCAUGGCAAGAUCCCCACACUUAAGAUCUCCCUCAUUCAAAUCUUCCGAGCCCAUCUGUGGCAGAAGAUCCAUGAGAGCGUCGUCAUGGAUUUGUGUCAGGUGUUUGACCAGGAACUGGAUGCACUUGAGAUUGAGACAGUGCAGAAAGAGACCAUUCACCCUCGCAAGUCAUACAAAAUGAACAGCUCAUGUGCAGAUAUUCUCCUCUUUGCUGCCUACAAGUGGAGCGUCUCACGGGCAUCACUCCUGGCAGAUUCCAAGGAUACAAUGGAUGGUUCAACUACACAGAAAUACUGGAUUGAUGUGCAGCUGCGAUGGGGUGAUUAUGAUUCACAUGAUGUAGAGCGGUAUGCUCGUGCAAAGUUCCUGGACUACAGUACAGACAACAUGAGUAUCUAUCCAUCCCCUACAGGGGUUCUGAUUGCAAUUGACCUUGCAUACAACUUGCACAGUGCAUUUGGCUAUUGGUUCCCUGGUGCCAAGCCCCUUAUCCAGCAGUCCAUGGCAAAAAUCAUGAAGGCAAAUCCAGCCUUGUAUGUGCUUCGUGAACGCAUCCGCAAGGGUCUGCAGCUGUACUCGUCUGAACCCACUGAGCCUUACCUCAGCUCUCAGAACUAUGGAGAGCUUUUCUCCAACCAGAUCAUCUGGUUUGUGGAUGACACCAAUGUGUACCGUGUGACUAUUCACAAGACCUUUGAGGGCAAUCUGACUACUAAACCUAUCAAUGGUGCCAUCUUCAUUUUCAAUCCACGCACUGGUCAACUUUUCUUAAAGAUCAUUCAUACCUCUGUGUGGGCUGGUCAAAAGCGUCUUGGUCAGCUGGCCAAGUGGAAGACAGCUGAAGAAGUGGCUGCCCUCAUCCGUUCACUGCCAGUUGAAGAACAGCCCAAGCAGAUCAUUGUUACACGCAAAGGCAUGCUUGACCCCCUUGAGGUGCAUCUCUUGGACUUUCCAAACAUCGUCAUUAAAGGCAGUGAACUGCAGCUGCCUUUCCAGGCAUGUCUGAAGGUAGAGAAGUUUGGAGAUCUUAUCCUCAAGGCCACUGAACCCCAGAUGGUCCUUUUCAACCUCUACGAUGACUGGCUGAAAACCAUCUCCUCUUACACAGCGUUCUCGCGUCUCAUCUUGAUUCUUCGAGCACUGCAUGUAAACAAUGACAAGACCAAAAUCUUGCUGAAGCCAGACAAGACAACUGUCACAGAGGCUCACCACAUCUGGCCCACUCUGACUGAUGAAGAGUGGAUGAAGAUUGAAGUGCAGUUGAAGGACCUCAUUUUAGCUGAUUAUGGCAAGAAGAACAAUGUUAACGUGGCUUCCCUGACACAGUCUGAAAUUAGGGACAUCAUUCUAGGCAUGGAAAUCUCGGCACCUUCAGCCCAGCGUCAACAAAUUGCAGAAAUUGAGAAGCAGACAAAAGAGCAGUCACAGCUGACAGCCACAACCACAAAAACUGUCAACAAACAUGGUGAUGAGAUUAUCACAUCAACUACAAGCAAUUAUGAGACACAGACCUUCUCCUCUAAGACAGAGUGGCGAGUGCGUGCCAUCUCUGCCACCAACCUGCACCUGCGCACCAACCACAUAUAUGUGUCAUCAGAUGACAUUAAAGAGACAGGCUACACCUACAUUCUACCCAAGAAUGUCCUGAAAAAAUUCAUCAUUAUCUCAGAUUUGAGAGCACAGAUUGCAGGGUACAUGUAUGGAGUGAGCCCCCCUGACAACCCUCAAGUGAAGGAGAUCAGGUGUAUUGUCAUGCCACCUCAGUGGGGCACUCACCAGACUGUGCAUCUGCCCAGCAUCUUGCCUGAGCACGAGUAUUUGAAGGAGAUGGAGCCUCUUGGCUGGAUCCACACCCAACCCAAUGAGUUGCCACAGUUAUCUCCCCAGGAUAUCAGCACUCAUGCGCGUGUCAUGGCUGACAACCCUUCUUGGGAUGGAGAGAAAACAGUUGUUAUCACUUGCAGCUUCACCCCAGGUUCUUGCUCACUGACUGCAUAUAAGUUGACCCCCAGUGGUUAUGAGUGGGGCCGUCAGAACAAGGACACUGGCAACAACCCCAAAGGUUACCUGCCAUCUCAUUAUGAGCGUGUACAGAUGCUGCUGUCAGACAGAUUCUUGGGCUUUUUCAUGGUGCCAAGCCAAGGUUCCUGGAACUACAACUUUAUGGGUGUGCGGCAUGACCCCAGCAUGAGGUAUGAGCUGGUACUGUCUAAUCCCAAGGAGUUCUACCAUGAAGUACACCGCCCAUCUCACUUCUUGCACUUUUCUGCUACAGAAGAAGCACAGCAGAUGGGGGCUGACCGAGAAGAUCUUUAUGCGUAGAGAUCCAGAGAGAUAUUUCCAACAGUGAAAUGCUAGUGACAGAAAAAUGUGGUGAAUUUGUGCUAUUAUUCAGGAUGAGGAUCAAAAAAACUUCACCCUUGACUUGUUGACAAAAAGCACACAGAGAAAACUUAACAAUUUGAACAUAUUUCUUGCUCAUGCUGUGAAUGAAGAAGAAAUUUUUCAUAUCUUAUUCAGAGCAACAACAUUGUUUCCAAGACAUUUUUUCCUUAUUUGACUUUGGGCUGGAAAUAUGUGUGACAAUGGAAAUUUAACAGACUGAAUUUUUAUGAAUCACAUAUUUUGAGAGUGUAUGCUUGUUUCGGUGUUCUAUUACAUUGUUCUGGGGCCAUCAUGUUUAUUAUUGUGUAUAUUCAUGAGUUGUCAUUGUUCCAACGGCUCAUCACGACUCGUCAGUUUCUACGUUUGCCUGGUCGCUUUGGCUGGCCUUCAUAAUUUUGCAGUUAUCCAUUCUUUGUCACAAAUCUUGUGUGUUCUGCUAAGUUUAAAACAUUGAAUUUGAAGUGUUGUAGACAAAAUAAUUUGAAAAAAAAAAAUCUUCACAUCAUCAUUUUUUUUUAAAAGACAGAAAAUGUGUGCAUGUUAUCUUGAGACUAGUUAAAGACUUGUUGUCAAUGGUCACAUGCACAUCUGUUUCCAAACAUUUUGCAUCUCUCUUUUGAUUAGUUAAGGUGAUUUUAAAUCAGUAUGGAGUCCAUUUCAUUCACCACUUAUUCACUGUGUGGAAGAAGUGGGUGUGAAACAUAUUAACAGAGAACAUGUAAAUAAAUUUUGACAUAAA